AUGCGGUAUAUACACUGUCCCUCACAUACCCUCAGACCUAUGGGACCAACCCCAGCCAAGCUUGGACCUCAAAUAGAAUCAAAUACCCUUCCAAUCAACAACUAUUCUCAGCUUCCAAUCAACAACACUCAACUUCCAAUCACCAACUAUUCUCAGCUUCCAAUCAACAACUAUUCUCAGCUUCCAAUCAACAACUAUUCUCAACUUCCAAUCAACAACUAUUCUCAGCUUCCAAUCAACAACUAUUCUCAGCUUCCAAUCAACAACUAUUCUCAGCUUCCAAUCAACAACUAUUCUCAGCUUCCAAUCAACAACUAUUCUCAGCUUCCAAUCAACAACUAUUCUCAGCUUCCAAUCAACAACUUUACUCAACUUCCAAUCCAGCAACAACGCUCAACUUCAAUCAACAACUAUUCUCAGCUUCAAUCAACAACUAUUCUCAGCUCCAAUCAACAACUAUUCUCAGCUUCAGUCAACAACUAUUCUCAGCUGUCAACAACACUCAACUUCAAUCAACAACAACACUCAACUUCAAUCAAUAACAAUUCUUAA